AGCGGCGGCUCGUCCCGGCUCCUGGCGGGAGUUUUGGUUCCCCGAGAGCUGCGGCGUUGCCUGGAAGAGGAACUCUUUCCCGCCAGCUGCGCUCGCUUCCGCGUGGGUGCGGGAGGCCCAUGGAGGAGACCGCGGCGGGCAGAGGGCAGCGGAGGCAGAGAGCGGCCCGGCCUCGUGCCACGCGGGGCAGGGGCACCGCCGCCCGACGCGGCUCGACCGCGCGGGAAGCCUCGGCCGACGAGCAACCGGCGGACGAGGCUUCCCGCGCUGUCGUGCCGCGCCGAACGGCGCAGGGCGGAGAGCCCCCGGUCCCCCGAACCCUCUCGGCGCGGAGCAGGGCGGCGGGCGGGCUGCGGCUGCGGGAGGUGCUGUCGCAGCUCAGCCUGGGCCGGCAGGACGUGUCGGAGGCGUCGGGGCUGGUGAACCACGUCGUGUCCCACCUGAUCCAGGCCGUCCGAGGGAGAGAUGGCAGCUUCAGCUCCAUCAGGAGGCUGGGAGCCGGCAGCUACUACGAGCACGUCAAGAUAUCUGAACCAAAUGAGUUUGAUAUCAUGCUUGUAAUGCCUGUUACAAGACUGCAGCUAGAUGAGAGUGACGACACUGGAGCCUAUUAUUAUCUAACAUUCAAAAGAAACCCAAAAGAGAAGUAUUUGAAUAGGUUUCUAGAUGAAGAUGGAAAAUUAUCAGCCUUUAAAAUGCUUGAAGAUCUAAGACGAAUUAUUAAAGAAGAACUAAAACACAUUAAAAAUGUGGAAGUAACUGUGAAAAGGAAAAAGCGUGGAAGCCCUGCAAUAACUCUACUGAUCAAAAAGCCUCCAGCAGAAAUAUCAGUGGACAUCAUCUUGGCUUUGGAAGUUCAGCAGAGCUGGCCUCCCAGCACACAGGACGGCCUCAACAUAGAAUGCUGGCUAGGAAGAAAAGUCAGGAGAGAGUUCAGAUAUAAACCAAUUUACUUAGUGGCCAAGCAAAACAAAAAAGAAAAGCUCCCAAGAGGAAACACCUGGCGACUCUCUUUCUCGCAUAUCGAGAAGGCCAUGCUGAACAACCACGGCAGCAUAAAGACGUGCUGUGAAUCCGAUGGAGUGAAGUGUUGCAGGAAAGAUUGUCUCAAACUUCUGAAGUAUCUUCUAGAGCGACUUAAAAUGAAACAUGCAAAAGAAUUGGAAAAAUUUUGUUCAUAUCAUGUCAAAACUGCCUUUUUCCAUUCAUGUGUCACUUGGCCAAGUGACACAGACUGGCAGCAUGAAAACCUGGAACACUGUUUUCAGAAAUACCUGGAAUAUUUUCUGCGUUGUCUGCAAGAUUCUCAGCUGCCACACUUUUUUAUUCCCCAGUACAACUUGCUCAGCCUGGAUGAUAAAGCAAGCAAUGAUUUCCUUCUGGGACAAAUAAACUAUCAGUUGAACAAUGGAUUCCCAGUAUUUCACCAGGUGUAGUUAAAAAAAAAAAAAAGUCUUUCCAAUAACUAUCUGAAAGCAAGUAAUGUAGAUUUGCAUAUUUUAAAACAUAAGUUUAGCACUUUAUAUUAUUUCUCAGUAGUUUGAUACUACGGAGAAACAAAAUCAAAGCAAGAACACUCACAGAAAACUGUGAAUUUCGGUUACGUUGCUUGUCCUGGUUCUUUUAAGGAAUAUGGCUAUUUGAAUUAAUAUUUGAUAGGAGCAGUUACAAAAGUAACCUGACUUUAAUAGAAAAGUUCUGACAUCAUAGAAGAGAAGGCACCUGCCAGCAUAAAAAUUCAGGAAGAGAACCAGGCCUGAGAACUUGGCCUUUGGCCUUGUAACACAGCCUAGGAGCAGACAUCCCUGAAGCAUGGCUGAAUACCUCAUACCAGUGCCAUCCUGAAGAUACCACUGGUACACAUAUACACAAUGUAUGUGUGUAUACCCGUGCAUAUAUGCCCAUGCUACAUACUAUAUAUAUGUAUGUAAUACAUAUAUUCUGCAAGAAAUUGAGCUGCUCCAGUAUGUGCAGAAAAGAGCAAUGAAGCUGGUGAAGGAACUGGAAAUCAAAAUGCGAAGAUCCUGUUGGUCUCUACAACUACCUGAAAGGUGUCUGCAGUGAGGAAAGCAUCAGAGUCUUUUGUAAGUCGGGGACCAGUUCAAUGCUUCUAUAAAUGAUCUGAAUAGAGGACUCAAAUGCCUACUAGGCAUACUGAAUUAGGAGGAGCUGUUGACUUCCUUGGAGCAGAGACGCCAUACAGAAGUUUUGACAAAUUGGAGAGCUGAGCAGUCAUCAACUCCAUGAAGUUCAACAACAGCAAGUGCAGGAUUCUGCACCUGGGAUGGGGUAAAGACUGGGGAACGGGCUGGAAAGCAGACCCAGAGAAAGGGAUCUGGGGGGUUUCGGCUGACAGGAAGUUGAAUCUGAGUCAGCAGCGCGUCCUUGCAACCAAAAGGGCCAACUGGUGCAUCAGGCCUGGCACUGCCAGCCAGGAGAGGGAAGGGAAGAAGGGAAGACCCCACUGUGUGUUGGCCUGGCCUCACUUUGAGCACUGUGUGCAAUUUGGGGCACCAUAAUAUAAGGACAAAACUAUUAGAGUAUCCAAAGAGGGGCUUCAAAGAUGCUGAGAAGUGUGGAGAGCAAGGUGUACAAGGAGCACCUGCAGUCCCUGGGUUUGCUGAGAGGCUCAUGGCAGCUGUAGCUCCUCAAAGGAGCAGAGGGGCAGCACUGAGCUCUGCUCUCUGUGACAGAGACAGGGCCUGAGGGAACAGCAUCGAGCUAUGUUUGGGGCAGGGGGGGGAGAGGUGGGGGACAGCUGGGGGGUUAGGGACAGGGUCUGCACCAGAGGUGGUCAGGCCCUGGAACAGAGUAGAAAAAUCCAGGUUGAAAAGACCUCUGUGGAGAGGCUCCCAAGGGAAGGCCUUUUCAACCUGGAUUAUUCUAUGUUAACAGUGCUAUACUUAGGACAAACUACGGUAUGCAAGUAUAAUGUAUCAUGUCUGCUUGCUGAUAUAGUCUUGGUAAGUUUGCAAUCUAGUACUUUCAUUGUCAUAAUAAUUACUGUUAAGAUUGAGAUUCAUAAUUCCCAAAUUCUUUCUGCUGCUGUGUACUGAUUAUCCUACCUCAGGUUGCAUUUUUAUUUCUAGUUGCUGCUAUUAAUGGGUACUGUAUCUUUAGUAUUUGGUAGAAAUAUAUACACACAAACUCAUUUCCUGGUAAUAACUGUAACAGCUUUUAUACAUACCUAUUUGCUAUACCAAUCAUAGUGUACUUGGUUAGUAGUGAUUUGUGUUUUUCUGUAAUAAACAGGAAUAUUUAGUAAACAA